AUGGAGGACAAAAAGGAUUUAGAAUGCGGUGAUCCGGGGAUGGUUCACCGGCAGUUACCGAAGCUGCCAACACUACCGAAAGCCUUGAAUUUAGAGGAGAAAAAGUAUCUUCUAGCAGUUGAACGAGGGGACAUGGCGAAUGUCAGAAAGAUGAUUCAAAAUGCCUAUCGAAAGAAACACAUGGAUAUUAACUGCGUGGAUGCUCUUGGUCGUGGAGCCUUGACCCUGGCGAUUGAUGGCGAGAACCUCGAGAUGCUAGAACUGCUGGUAGUGAUGGGGGUGGCGACAAGAGAUGCUCUGUUACAGGCUAUAAAUGCUGAAUUUGUGGAGGCUGUAGAGUUACUGCUUGAGCACGAACAGUUGAUCCACAGACAUCCUGAACCUUAUAGCUGGCAAAAAGUGGACCCUAACACCGCUAUGUUCACACCGGACAUAACUCCUCUGAUGCUGGCAGCGCAUAAGAACAACUACGAAAUCAUUAAAAUUUUACUCGAUCGAGGAGCUACGUUGCCUGACCCUCAUGACAUCCGAUGUGGCUGCGACGAAUGUAUACAAGAGUCAAACGAGGAUUCACUCCGUCACUCUAUGGCACGUCUCAACGCUUACAAAGCCCUGGCUUCACCCUCUCUCAUCGCGUUGUCAGCAACAGACCCUAUUCUAACCGCCUUCCAAUUAUCAUGGGAGUUGAGGAACUUGGCGUUUGCCGAACAGGAAAGCAAAGCAGAAUAUCUUGAGCUUAGACGUCAAACUCAAAAAUUUGCUGUAGAUCUCUUGCAUCAGUCACGAAGUUCACAAGAACUUGCCAUUAUUUUGAAUCACGAUCCAGAAGAAACACCUUUUGAGGAGGGAGAGCAUAUGAAACUGGCUAGACUGGAACUGGCUAUCGAAUUCAAGCAGAAAAAGUUUGUCGCACACCCGAACAUUCAACAGCUAUUAGCAACGAUCUGGUACGAAGGUGUACCUGGUUUCCGUAGAAAGAGUACUUUCGAGAAGAUCAUGAUCAUCAUCAGAGUGGCGCUAUUGUUUCCCAUCUACUGUAUCAUGUACAUGGUAGCCCCGAACUGUUCCACUGGGAGACUGAUGAGGAAACCCUUUAUGAAGUUCUUGAUUCACGCUUCGAGUUAUUUGUUCUUUCUUUUUGUUUUGAUUCUGGUAUCACAAAGAGCGGAAGUUAAAAUAAUCGAAAUGUUUGGUACGGAAUCAAUGAUAAAAAACAUGGAGAAAGAACUUCUCAAACAGAGAGGCAACGGACCGACCUGUUUGGAGUUAUUAGUUUGUGUAUACGUUUUGGGCUUUAUCUGGGAAGAGACUCACGAGAUAUACGUCCAAGGCAUUCGUUGCUAUCUCCGGAAUAUGUGGAACUUCAUCGACUUCACAAGGAAUUCUCUCUAUGUGGCAGUCGCAGUGCUACGUUUUGCUGCAUAUUUUCAGCAAAGUGCUGAAAUUCAGAAAGAUCCUCAAACGAUGUACAUACCAAGGGAGAAUUGGGACGCUUUCGACCCUCAGCUCAUUGCAGAGGGACUGUUUGCGGCGGCGAAUAUUUUUAGUGCCCUGAAACUGGUCCACCUGUUCUCCAUCAACCCGCACUUAGGUCCGCUGCAGAUCUCUCUCGGACGCAUGGUCAUCGACAUCGUCAAGUUCUUCUUUAUUUAUAGUUUGGUCCUCUUCGCUUUUGCCUGUGGUCUUAAUCAAUUACUGUGGUACUUCGCUGAUUUGGAGAAACGGAAGUGUUACGUGUUACCCGGAGGUCUACCCGACUGGGAUAAUGCGGGGGAUUCGUGUAUGAAAUGGCGUAGUUUUGGGAACGUUUUCGAAGCAUCACAGUCACUAUUUUGGGCUUCCUUUGGAAUGGUCGGUCUGGAGAACUUUGAACUGGCAGGCAUCAAGAGCUACACGCGCUUCUGGGGUCUCCUCAUGUUCGGCUCGUACUCCGUGAUCAAUGUGAUCGUCCUCCUGAAUUUACUUAUCGCCAUGAUGUCGAAUUCUUACGCUAUGAUCGAUGAGCAGUCGGAUGUGGAGUGGAAAUUCGCGCGUAGCCGUCUAUGGAUGAGUUAUUUCGAAGAAAGUUCUACUCUGCCGCCUCCGUUCAAUAUCUUCCCGACUCCGAAAUUGAUCAUGAAGCUUUUUGGACUAAGGAAGAAAACCCAGACAAAGAAAUUAGAGGAACAAAGAGAAAAAGAUGACGUGCGUUAUACAGCAGUAAUGCGUGCCCUUGUCUGGCGCUACGUAUCUGCGAUGCACAGGAGAAUAGAUGACGAUCCAGUUACAGAAGAUAAUAUAAACGAGCUGAAAGGCGAUGUUUCAGCUCUAAGAUACGAGCUUCUAGAAGUUUUCGAGAAGAAUGGAAUGGAUGUUUCGUUCACUGAUAGGAAAGAGAAGACUGUUCUCGCAAAGAGAAUGAAGGUAUGGGAGCGUCGCUUGAUGAAAGACUUCCAAGUGACGCCGGUAUCUGUGGAGGAUGAUGGGAAGCCCGUACACGAAGACAGUCUUGCAAGGUUCAGACGUAUCGCGAAGAUGGCUGCAGCUGCCGCUUCUGGGUCUAAGUGGGAUCAAACUCUGGCUGCGACUGGGAUAUCAUCUCAAAUUGGUCGCUGUCGUACUCGACAAUCGAUUAAGAAACAGCAGAACUUGCAGCGAGCGAUCGAAGAGGCGAGGAAGUUGGUCUUGCAUUCACCCGUGCCCGGAUCAAGGGCAGUGUCUCCAAUAGAAAUGCCCGUGACACCUGGUCACACCAUCUUAGAGCUCAUCAAGGACAUUUCAACUGAGAUCAAGGAUCAGAAAUAUUCCAGCACACGUAUGCCCAGAUCUCCAAAUAGAGAACCAGGUCCAAGUGGGGUGGUGCCUACAGUAAGACUUCUGACUCCGAAUGGAAUUCAGAGCCGAUCUAUUUCACCUAUUCCUAGAUCAUCCAGCCCGACUCCUUCUAAGGUAUCAACAUCGAGCGUGUUGCUUAGAGAACGAAAUCCAAGCCCUGGUCCCAGGCCCGCCAGUCCGUGUGGGAGUGAGAAGUGUCAACCAGAGCCAAGUCCUCUGAAGGCUCAGCGCGUUCCUGGAGGUGGAUCCCCUCCAAGGGUUGUAAAGAAAAAGCCGCCUGCACCCCCUCAACAACAGACAGACAAUGCGGUAGACACGAGACAUAACGACAGGCCAGAAGUAAUAGCUGUGACCCGACCGGUGGCUCUUGACAUAAGACCAGCUAAAGAUGCUCUGCCACCUCCACCGCCGUACUUCAAGAAUAAGUCUGCACCAGAAGUCGGUCCGAGUACAUCUGGUAAACAUCCCGUUCCGAAGCCGAGGUCCCGGUCAUCAUCACCGAAACCCGAACUAGAGAAUACAACCAAUCCAUCGUCUCCACGCUUACUCACUUCCACAAGCACGGAGUUGCUCAUCCCCCCUUCUCCGGUCACCCUCCCACCAGGGAAGAAAAUUGACGAUGUCAAGACAAUUAAACGACAGCCGAAGACAGGAUGGCUAUAGAUAUUUAUU